UGUGUCCGGUUAUGCUGCUCUCCCCCCCACCCCCACUCCACCGGCUUUCUCGCCCCUCCACCGGUUCUCUUCGUAGCCCCUUUAGACCUGGCUUUUUAAGUUAUAAAGGAGGCGCCACGAAAGCUUUCCAGAUCCCAAGCUCGGGGAUGCGGCGCGCGCCUGGCCGGCUCCAUCUCUGGGGAAAUCCUUGCAGGAGCCUCCUCUUUCCUUCCACCACCAGCCUUCGGGAAGCCGGACAUACCUAUUUACAUUGGAGAAAUGUUGGAGGGUAUGAGCUUCACCCAGCGUAUAGUUAAACUCUGGAACCAGCUCCCACAAGAGGCACGGCUCUAGAGGAAGAUUUAGAUGAAUUCAUUGAUGAUCAGGGUAUCAUUGGCUCUCAGAACAAUUCAAAGAGCUGCCAUUGGUCUCCUGUCGUCAAAGGAAGUGAUGCCAGAAGUUCUCUUGACCAAUGAUCCUCUUGCAGCAAGCUGGAUUUCCUCCUGCUCCUCCUGAGAGGCUUCCAUCGCUUCCUAUGUCAGUGGGCGCCAGGCCUGCAGCCAACUUGCAACUAUCGCCACAGAAACAUCUCGGACUGGGGCCGUCCUUGCCACUCGCACAAGAUGAAGACCUUGCUACAGGGGUGGAGCAGGACCCUGUGCUGGAGGAACUUUGUAAGCCUUUGUGCUGCAGGCUUUGUAACGUCACGCUGAAUUCUGCGCAGCAAGCCCAGGCUCAUUACCAGGGUAAAAACCAUAGUAAGAAACUCCGGAAUUACUAUGCUGCCAACAGCUGUCCAGCUCCUGCCAGGAUGAGCAGUUCCCUUGAGCCGGCCACCCAACCGGUGGUUUCCCUUCCACCCCAGGGCGCUUCCUCAAAACCAGGAGGGCGGGUGAUCCUGGCCACGGAAAACGACUACUGCAAAUUGUGUGACGCUUCAUUCAGUUCACCGGCCGUGGCCCAGGCUCACUACCAAGGGAAGAAUCACGCCAAGAGGCUGCGCCUGGCUGAAGCUCAGAACAAUGCAUUCUCGGAGUCAUCAGAAGUGAUGGGCAAAAGGAAGAUACGGAAAGUAGGGAACGAAUACAAGAUGAUGCAGAGCAGACGAAACGUCUAUGCCGUCCAGAGUAACACAGGCCCUUAUUUCAACCCUCGCUCCCGCCAGCGUAUCCCACGUGACCUCGCCAUGUGCGUCACCCCCAGCGGCCAGUUCUACUGCUCCAUGUGCAACGCUGGCGCCAGUGAAGAGGCCGAGUUCCGGCAGCACCUAGAGAGCAAGCAGCACAAGAGCAAAGUGUCUGAGCAGCGCUACAAGAACGAGAUGGAGAACCUUGGCUACGUACAAUGAGACAACGAUUCCCGCUGGCUCCUCCCUCCCUCCCACCAGCCCUGAUGGAGGGGGCAACUUCUCUUGCCUGCUGCUUGCCGUUCGCCCUGCUUUUUCUGCUCUGUGCCUUAGGAGGUCUGCUCUCCAGCGCUCUCUCUUCCUCUCUCUGUGUGUGUUUUAAAGCACCUACAAAGCCAGCGGCGGAAUAGGUGAAGCAAAAUGUUUUUAAAAAAUUUGGCACACGAGUAUGCGCUUCAGGAUGCCAAGUUUUCCAUGUUGUGUUUGCUCAUUCGCUAAGGCUCAACCUUGCCUUCUUCCCCCUACCCCUAUGCUCCCCUUUGCAUGAGUGGUCUUGGCCUGGGAAACACCGGAACCACAAACAGGCAGGGCGCAAGUUUUGCCCUUUUCUCUCUUCUUCGCCAUCUUUUUCUCCACCCUGCAUUCCACUAUAGCUGCAGAAGGGGCAGUUAUCCACAGUGCUGCGCCAGGGGUCAUAGCUCCGUCGACAGGCCAGAGCGCAAUGGUAGAGCGCACCCCUUGCUAACAGGAGGUCCUGGCUUUGAGCCUGUGCACCUUCAGUUGCAUCAAAGGCUCUUGGGUACCAGGGCUGGGGAAGACCUCUGCCCCAAGGCCUUGGCGAGCUGUUCCUAUUAAGAAUUGCCAAUACUGGGCUGCAGAGACAUAGUUGGUAUAAGACAUCUUUGUUUGCAAAGAUUCUGCUGGUGGGCAUAGAGAAGAGAGGAAAACCUAAAACUCUUCAGGGCAGUUUGGGUAACUUGCUUAGAAAGUAGAUAUGGGGCCAGACGUUUAUCUCUCCCCCUCCAAAGCCAGCAAAAGCCUAUUGUCCCCAUGGCAUUUUGUCACCGUUUCCUUUCAUACCCAUUGCCCUCCCCUCCAACAAAGUUGAAACCAGUCAUUUUUUAAAAGGGGGUUGGUGUUCCAGGUGCAUAGGUUUUUUGGUUUUUUUUACAGCAUCCAAUGCAAAAUGAAGUAUGUGAAUAUCCCAGUUUCAGUUUAUUUGGUUUACAAACCAUAAACAUCAAAUACAGUGUAGGGCAGGCAUCCCCAAACUCAGCCCUCCAGAUGUUUUGGAACUACAACUCCCAUCAUCCCUAGCUAACAGCACCAGUGGUCAAGGAUGAUGAGAAUUGUAGUCUCAAAACAUCUGGAGGGCCGAGUUUGGGGAAGCCUGGUAUAGGGUUAUCAAGACAAUGUAAUGUGAGGAGGGGGAGGGGGGGAGAAAGACAGACAAUAUGCAUUCAUGCAAAUUGUGCCUUUUGAAAGGAGAAUAUAACAAAAGCCACAAGCGGUCACAAAUGGUUAAAAAUGCAGGCAAUUUUUGACGUGGAGGUAAUAUGAAUUUGAGCCAUUCCACUCGCAGAAGUGGGAGGGUGUUUUGGAGCACACAAUUCCAAACCCCUGACAGUGGAUUGGGCUGGCCUCCCUAGCUUACAUGUGACAAAAGGAUCCUAGUCAUUUCAAUACAUUUAACACUGAAAGCCAUUCUAAAGGUUAAGCCUACUGAAUACCUGGCGUCUUUUACUUCCCUUCAGCUUCAUAGCUGUGGAUGAGUUUUAUUUCACACUUUUCAUUUGUACUACUACUACUACUACUAAUAAUAAUAAUAAUGGGAAAUGAUUUCCUCCGGAUCGGAGGGUACUAUCUCUUUUUAAUGUAUAAAUUUCAAACAUUUACAAAUUUAAUACAAAAUACAUAUUUUCCCAUUUAUAUUCAUUUACCACUUGACUUCCCCUCCCCCCCUCCAUGGUUUCCCCAUAAUUUCUAAUGUUGCUGCAUAUUUUGAUUAUUCUGUGUCCUAUCCUUUUCAUUUAUUGCCCAGUACAUAUUUACUGAUGUUUUUCAUUCAAAUCCUACUUGCAUUUUUACUCUUCAAAUAUUCUGUGAAAGGUUUCCAGACCCCCUUAUAGAUGGCCUCUUCUUGAUCCCUGAUUUUCAUAGCUACAUUUGCCGGUUCGGCAUAUUCACUCAAUUUUAACGGAAGGUGCUAUUUCAAUAAGCUCUAGAGGUGGAAGGUAGCCCUGAACAAGUUCAUAAUUUCACAAUGAUGGCCGCCAGCGAUUGGAAGCAUGGCGUUUGUGAGGUUUAUGCAUUGCCAGCCGUAGCCGGAUGAAUCUGUGCUCAAUUGGAAGCAUCUGACCUUGGCUGCUGGAAUAGUGACAGAUAGCUGGACAUUGCCUCUUGUCUCAGGCAUGCUUGCAAUCAUCAUCUUCCUUCUGAAGUCUCAUUGUUUAGGGGAGUUGGCAUUCCCUUUCCUUACAUACUGCCAGCUGGGAUUGCAUGCCUAUUCGGCUGCUGAAGAACAGAAGGUCCCGUGACCUUCAUGGAUGGGUGAAACCACUCCUAAAUUUUGUUGCUUAGCAGAUUCAUUUAACCGAGAAAUCAACAAGUGGGGUUGGGUUGGCAGCUCAGUGGCAGAACAUCUGCUUUGCAUGCAAAAGGUCUCAGGGUUGAUCCCUGACAUCUCCCGGGUAGGACUGAGAAAAGAGUGCCUUUCCAGUUGUUUCUGGACUAUGAUUCCCAUCAUCUCUGACCACUGGUCCUGCUAGCUGGGGAUGAUGGUAGUCCAAAAACACCUGGAGACCCAAGUUUGGGAAACCCUGAUGUAGACAAUACUGACCUACAUGACCAAUGGUCUGACUCUGUCUAAGGAAGCUUCAUGCAUUAAUAUGAGUUGCCAUGCUUUUGUUUCUUGAGUUCCCGUGCAUUGCUUUGGUACUUCCCUUUAAAUAUUCUCUCUCUCUCAAAACCCGCAAAAAGGUACAUCUCAAGAGACAAGGUGCUGGUCUGCACAAAACAAAAGGGACGGACUGGAAUGUAAUAAUAAUAAUAAUAAUAAUAAUAAUAAUAAUAAUAAUAAUAAUAAUUUAUUUAUUUAUACCCCGCCCAUCUGGCCGGGUUCUCCCAGCCACUCUGGGUGGCUUCCAACAAAAUACUAAAAUACAGAAAUCCAUCAAACAUUAAAAGCUUCCCUAAACAGGGCUGCCUUGAGAUGCCUUCUAAAGGUCUGGUAAUUGUUGUUCUCUUUGACCUCUGGUGGGAGGGUAUUCCACAGGGUGGGUGCCACUACCGAGAAGGCCCUCUGCCGUGGACUUUACCACUUCAAGUCUGCAAGUGGGGGAAUUGCAUUCUCGAAUGCUCUCUGCCUCUUUAACCCCAGACUCCUUGCAGGCAGUAGACUUAUGCAACAAGGAGAAAGGCUCAGUGCAACACUCUCUCUGAUGUGCUGAUUUAGUGCCUGCAGAGAACCUUUCAAAUGUAAACAGCAGUAAACAAACAAACAAACAAACACACCUCCCCCUGCUGUGAAUUGGCACAGGUUCUGAAUCCCACCGCUUCAGGUUUUUAAAAUAAUGUAAAUAAAAAAGGCUUGUGUGGCACAAGCCCUGCCCAUGCUCCUCUUUUUGUAUAGCUUUUGGACCUUCUUGGAAAGGAAAAAUGCAUUUUUGCCAUGCUCUUUUAUUUAUUUAUUUUGACUUUUAGCCCUCUAGUUUUAUGGAUCCGGGCAGGCAGCAGUGUUCCCCUUUCCCAGUCCCCUGUUUUCCAUCAUUCCUGUGUGAGCACUGUGAGGUAGGCACUCGACUUCAGAGCAGGAGAGUUGAUGACGCAAGGAGAGCUGCCACUUCUGCAAUCCUCUUGAUUUCAGUGGGGAAGUGUUAUGUACUGUACCAGUUGCUAAUUUGGCCAAGGGUAUAGACAGCCAGAUCCUAUGCAUGUUGGUUCAGAAGCAAGUCCCAAUGGGUUGGAUGGGGCUUAAACUCUCAGAUAAAUGUGCAGACGACUGCAAAUUCAGAGUGUUCAUGGCUGGCUGGGAUAGGAAGGUUAUUUGGUUUGCCAUCCAUCCAUCCAUCCAUCCAUCCAUCCAUCCAUCCAUCCAUCCAUCCUCUGCUGAUGCUUCUGUUGGUUUUAACCCCUGUUUAAUUUCAACUCUCUUGAACAACCAUAGCUUUCAUAGCCUCAGAAUUUGGGAGAAAGGGCCUUUGUGCCGUCUUGUUCUUUGCCCCAGUUUGUCCUCUGGUGUUCAGCUUUCCAAGAGGCAUGAGUGGUCUGUUACAACUGAUCCCUAGUGGGGAGGAAGAGAAUUUAUAUUUCAUGAGGUCCAUACUACAGUGGAUUCCAUUCAGGAAAAGAGAGAUGAGAUGAGACUGCAUGAAACCAAACCUGAGAGCCCACUUGAAUGAGUAGUGGUGAGCCAGAGACUGGUUUGUAUUUGUCUUGAAACUCUGUAUUUUUAAUUUGGAACAGCACAUCUCUGUUCUGAAAUAUAUGGUUUAUGAAGGGCACUGUUCUGAAAAUAGCAGAUCUUUUGCACAGGCCCACCUGAUCUGAGCAUCUUCUGUCUGGAUUAAUAAGGGUGGUGGUGGGAGAGGGAGGGGGGAAAUAAGUGGUUUUCUUAAUGGCCAGUAAAUUGAUUGAUAUUUGCUGCUACUAAUCUGUGUUCCCCCCCCUAUUUAUUUGGUCAUGCUGACCACUGAGGAGCUAAAAGAUAUUUAAGCCUUUAUCCUAUAUGUUUCAUUUAAUGUUUGUGUCAUUAACCUUGAAGGUAUCCAUAUCAUUCCUCUGGUUUUUUUUUAAAGUUCUCAUCUUACUAAUUAUUUAUUAUGUUGACAUGUGUUUUUCCUCCCUGCUCUCCUCCCCCAAUAUGUGUGUUAGAUGCAAAGAUGAACUUUUCACACCGUAGAACCUCAGAUGAUAUGAACCUCCAGAAAUUGGAAAGGAAUUGUCAAGCAAACAUUCCCUGCUAAUAGCAACCAGUCAUUUGGGGUAGGAGUGAUGUGAUUGCCCAUGACUGAGGACCACUCAUGAUAUCAGAACUUGUGAUUUCAUCCUCAUGGGAAAUGGUGGGGCAGAGCUGUUUUGACAUUGCUGAUUUCCCCAUGUGUGUCGCGUGUGUAUGCAUAUAUCUGCCCAUUCUCUCUUACAGCUCCUGACCAUCUCAUGUUGAUCUCUUAUUCAAUAUUACUUUUGCAGGUUUCCUUCAUCUUGCCUCUGCAAAAUAGAAAAUAGUGUGGACGGGUAUUCACAUGGAUCUUCGUUUCAUGGCUAGGGUGGGCAAGUGCUGUUGUGAUGCUGGCUUUCUGAUAUCUGCAGUUAACAAACCGGGGACCAGUUGCAAGAAUGCAUGGCCCCUCCAACUCUCCUCCAGUUAAGUGACAACACACUGCUUAACUGCUGUGAAGAGAGGAGGGGAAUUUGCUUUAUGGAGGAGUGGAACGCUUGAGAAACAAGUACAUUCUCCCAAGGCUUGGACCUAGUCUCUGUAAAUGCAGUUAACAAGGCCAACGUUGCAUCUACACUGGUCCACAGAUACAUCCUUGCAAUCAGUCCCAGGACCCAUCUCCAUAACUGACCACACCUUGCAAGGAUGCUUUAUCAAAUAUAUGAAUGAACUAGUGUAAUUCAGUCCGUUAAGUAAACGGGCGCUAGAACAUCCCAGGGUUCGGAGAAGUGCUUGCGCAGCGCUUCUCUGAACCCCGGGAUCUGUCCUUCCUGUCGGCGGCAGGGGGACAGGUAUGAAGGAGGAGAAAGCAGCCCUUUCUCCUCCUUCCUUCCUCUCCCCCAGCCGCCGACAGGAAGGAGACAUCCUGGGGUUUGGAGAAGCGCUUGCGCAGCGCUUCUCUGAACCCCGGGACCUGUCCUUCCUGUCGGCGUCAGUGGGACAGGAAUGAAGGAGGAGAAAGCAGCCCUUUCUCCUCCUUCCUUCCUCUCCCCCAGCCGCCGACAGGAAGGAGACAUCCCUGGGUUUGGAGAAGCGUUUGCGCAGCGCUUCUCCAAACCCCGGGACCUGUCCUUGCUGGAUGCACACAUGCGUGCGCUCUCCCCCCCCCCGCCAACGCUCAGUCCGGCUGGGAGCGGCGGUUGGCGGCCGCAGGGAAACGGGAAGUGGGGGUGGGGUGGGGAGAGCGUGUAUGUGUGUGUGCGUCCAGUCUCUGCGUCCAAUCCCUGUGUCCGUGGGGUGCGUGCGCAGUAGUGCAGACACAGGGACACAGGGACUGGACGCAGAGACACUUGCAUAUUAUUUUAUAGGAUUGGGGGUGGGGUGGGGAGGAAGGAAAUCUCUACAGCUUGUGCUUCGUGGGAAAUAGUCCUGGUUGAGGUAAAACGCUAUUCUGUGUGGUCAGUUUGGGCAAUUAAUUGGAGGACUUCCUCAUAAGGAAGGAGCGUGUGAAUUGUGGGAUAUCUCCAAUGGGGAAAAGGUUGAGAAGUAUUAGCAUGUGUGGUUCCUGCUGCACUUGCCCUGUGGGUUUCUAUGUCCAAUUAAUGGCUUCGGAGUCUUAAAAUUGUGGUUCUGUGAUGCACUGUACAAUGUGAGCACAACAAAGCCAUGUUAUGCCACUCACAAGGCCAUUAUGCAGUGUCUGUAGAAUUUGCACAGCAUUAUAAUAAAAGGUGUACCAUUUGGAUUGUAGGGGACAUUAAUUGCCAUGUUGUGUUGAAACCUGCCAAUAGUCACACGAAUGGGCUUGCAUCUCAUUCUUGCUGCACUGUUCUAUUACUCACCAGAAGAACCUCAUGUUCCUUUUACUGCUUAGGGGGCUUGUUCACGCAUGCAUGCAUCUUGCUAGUUCCCAGCUGCAUGUGUGGACUGCGUCCACUGAAAAGUAUCGUGUUCAAGUUGGCAUCCGGGUUAUGGAAGUUCGACAUGCCAGUAUUAUUCUCUGGUCCUCAGUCACGCUUGAUGCUGAAAUCAACAAACAGAGAAUGUGCCCUCUGAAGUUCCUCCAAGUUCCCUGAUGGGCUUGCCUAACAAAAACUCCUCUGGAGAGAAAUGUGGGUCAUUCGGGGUUGUGAGAUUUUGACUGUGAUGCUUUGCUUACCUUAAUGUAAACAAGGCACAGUCCAUUUAAGCAAAACUGUAAAAGUUGUCCUACCCAUACUAAGCUGCUCCCAGUCAAUAGCCUAACCAACUAGGUUGUUGGUUUUUUCCUUUGGAAAUUUUAACAAAUUUUCUUCCUCAGAAAAUUAAAAAAAAAACUUGUUACCUCUUCUGUUAUGGCUUCGGGUACAUGCAGAAAACAGUUCUGCCACAUAUCUGGCACCUGGUCCAUAGCAUUAAUCUCCUUAUCAUAUGACAGGAAGACAAGGUAGAUAUAGAAGUCUGUUCACACAUUAUCCUAAACCAGAAAGGCAACACAACACUCUCCUCCUUGCCCUGUCUCCUCCCUCAUGGCUGGGAAGAGGAGUUUGGAAGCUUUUGCUUUUGGUUAACCAUGGUAGAGAGUCUAGAAUAGGGACCCCCAAACUUCGGCCCUCCAUAUGUUUUGGACCACAAUUCCCAUCUUCCCUGACCACUGGUCCUAUUAGCUAGGGAUCAUGGGAGCUGUAGGCCUAAACAUCUGGAGGGCCGCAGUUUGGGGAUUCCUGGUCUAGAAGAUGCCCCUGUUCGUGUGUCCGCUCCUCCAUAUGCAGCUGCUGGGUGACCUUGGGCUAGUCACACUUCUUUGAAGUCUCUCAGCCCCACUCACCUCACAGAGUGUUUGUUGUGGGAGAGGAAGGGAAAGGAGAAUGUUAGCUGCUUUGAGACUCCUUAGGGUAGUGAUAAAGCAGGGUAUCAAAUCCAAACUCUUCUUCGCUUCUUCUUCUUCAUCCAUGGUUUAGCAUGACAUGCAAAUGGGCCACUGUGUGUGUGUGCAACCACUUCGUAAACCAUGGUUAUUAAUACUCUUGAUCUUGCUGUGCCUAUUUGUUCUCUUCAUCAGCAGCUGAUUUUUGGGAGUGAUCCAUUACCAUGUGUUUGGUUUUUGCUUCCCAUUUCUCCGAAGGCUAUAUCCUUUUGCCCACCUCCCCAUCAUUACUGACUCUUAAUGACCUUGUUAACAGGCUAAUUAAAAUAUAGUGCCCCCCCUCCACCAUUUCCCCCUUUCACCACGGUGCAGAGAAUUGAUUUGAAAACAUAUUCCUGUUAUGGUAUAAAUACACUGUGAGAAUAAAAACAAUAUAAGUGCUGCUUAGCAAUAAAUGUCGGACAUGUCUUAUGAUGGUUUUGCCCAGGCAAAGCAGAUUGCUUGUCAUACAUGUUGGAACUACUGUAUAUGUUAUUUUGCUGCUUCUUUUUUAAUUAAAAAAAACUUCUUUGUC